AUCACAAGCUUUGACUUCGCUCUAGCUUCUUUCUUUUGCAUAAUUCAGUUUGAUAAAUCAAGCUUAUGGAAGGUUUACAUUUUGCAAUUGUAAUGUUUCAAGAUUAAAAUUACAUCAUUGCUUCAAUAAAAAGAAAGGUAAAAUAAAUUAUUUCUUUCAGACUGUUACAACUUUCAGCUCAGCGGUCUUAAAAUCAAGAAAGUUAGGAGCUCAACCUAUCAUUUCUUUAAUAAGCUGCUCCGACUGAAAUCCUCAAGGGACGACUUGGUACUAUUCCUAGUUGCAUGUAAGACACAAAAGUCAGCAGUUCCAGGUUUCUGCAGACAUAGACUUCUGCACUGUUCAUCAAUCUCGUCUAGAAACUGAUAUUUGGCACAUGCUUUGGCACAUGCUUUGACACUACAAGUAGGUAGCAACAUAAUAAGUUUUGCUUUUGCAGCUGAAAGGCUUGUUUGCGAUGCAACCCAUGGUAUAUAUACUUCUUAUUUCAGAAUUUGCAUGUUCUUUGAACUACAUAUAAACAAAAUGUAACUCUCCAUAUAUUGGUAAAUAUUUUCAUUUUGAAUGAAUUAAACUCUGUUGAAUAUUUCUGAUCGUAGUAAAUUGGACAAAAAUAUCAGUAUUGACAUGGAAUUUUGAAUGACACACAUGUAUAUUGUAACUGUGGAAAAAAUGCUUAUCACAAUGCAAACCAGCUGUAAAUGUAGCAUCAUGUGAAACCUUCAUACCUCAGGAUUUCUAUGGCCAGCCUUCUCAAGUAUUUCAACCCCUGUUGAUUGCUUGGUCAAAUCAGUGUUAAAGUAUACGUGAUAGAAAAAGAAGAUUUAAUAUGUCGCAAGAUUCAUCGAUGAAUAUGAAACGAUUACCUCUGUGUUUCCAUCAAAAGUGUCUUUUUGGAGUACCCGAGACGUGGGUAUAAUGGAUCUUUUGAGUGGUUUGCUUGCGGUAAAGCAGAUAGUGCGGCUUGAGUAGGGCUUUGGAUGGCGACAGACCUCACUUCUCUUUUUUUAAGAACGGAGCCCUUCUCUUCGCGAUUUCCUUACAUAUUUAGGCUUCUCGAUUUCUUCUUUGAUACUGAAUACUAUGCUAUUCUGAUGUCGAACUCGAAAUGUGUAUUUGAUAAUUUAUCACAUACACAGGUUCAGAGUCUCAGAGACUUAGCAACACAUCCAUAGCGCUUUUAGGGAAGUACACUAAACAUGGAGAGAUGUGAGUUUUCCAAAAUUUUUCGAAUUAGUGGAUCUCGGUUAAGGUUAAGAGUUUCCCAUUUUUUUUCUGAGUAAAAUGAAAGAUGUGCAGCAGUCGAUAGAAAAAGGGUUUUCCGACUUAGCGAAGUUCGCUCAUAUCUUCUUCGCUCUUUUUACAUAUUCAAUUAAGAAGUAUUAUGGGUUUUUUUGUGGUUGUUUUGCCAUUUAACUCGGUCAGUUUGGAUUUUGUUUGGUAAAGAUUUCAAGGGAUUUGAGAUUAGUUACAUGAAUAGACUCAACAAACAAAACAUUUAAUGAUCCAAUUCGACUUGCAAACAAGUAGUGUAAUAAUGAAAUGGGCCUAAACAGUUUCUUUGAAUCACGGAAGUCAACAAUAAAUAAGUUUUGCUGGAGAACACGCAUGUUGCCUUUAAUAUAAGAUAGACAGGAGGAUUCAUUUCUCUGCAUUCUCCGUGAAAAUCCGCAAUCCAAAUUUCUUAAACUACGAAUGACCAACUUUUUCCUUUUUGAUAAAAAGCCACUCGUACAUACAGCAAAUGGUAGAAAACAUCGCUUACGCCAUAGAGUGGGCAGAUGCAUACACUUUGUGGAAUCCGAUGGAGUGUUUUAUUUGCAUUCAAUAGAGAGCGCAAAGCCUUAUUUGCCUGCCUCUGUCUGGGAUUUCGCGCAAUCCGCCUAGAGGCUAUAAGUGGAACUCUCGCCAGGUAGCGCUUGUAAGCCAGUAGAUGAGCUCAGGCAAAUUGCAUAGCCUGCCAUGUCCAAUACGCGGAAUGGCCUGGUAGCAUUGGCCGUCAUUCAUGUGGUCUGGAAAGCUAUACAAUCAAUUUUGAGCAUAAAAACGCGCGCUUCACGACAUUGGAAAUUAUUUACAACAAAAUGCCAAAUUCGAAGUUCGUACACGGGUAGUAGGUGGUUGACUCAAUGUCAGAACUUUCGCGGCUUGUUUACAUUAAAAAUCACGUGACACUUGGGCGGAGAAAGGUGGCUUUAAAAUUCCUGCUCGUCCAUAAAUGCCUUACUUUUCUGACCGCUUUUAUCAGUGCGAACACGAAUCUACUAAGAAGACAUGGACAUCCUAAAAACUCUGAUUCUUCUUUUCCUGGUAUCUGGUACCAUUCAAACAACAGUUUUUGGGAGAAAGAAAGGUUGCAGCUGCUACCGCUUACCCAACACAACUACGAUCGGGAUUGACGUUCGUCGCAGGCUUUAUGAAGCAGAUAUGGGGCGAUGUGUAGAAACUUGCAACGCCACUGACUCAGACACCAUCAAAGCUACUCCCGAGAAGAUGUCCAGUGGGUCCUCUUCAUGCAACCCGACUGAGGUGACCAGCAGAAGUUAUCCCCUCAUUGGUGGCUCAAAGUACAAGACCGCUAUUGCUAAGUGUGGCUAUCAAAAUACCUCUAGCGGCUGCAGUCGCCAAGCUUUAUUCAAAACCUUCUUUGACGGAACAUCGUACAGCAUUCGCCAUGACAUAGGUGUCUGCCAUGGUUCUUGUGGAAGCAGUGGACAUGCGUGCAAGGCCAUUGACAGCCUAAUGAUGGCCAUAAAAGGGCCAAAUGGAAAAAGAUGUUGGAACGUGUGUCGGUACUGGUUGCCCCAGGAGUUGUGUUCGCUGUUUCUUUGGGUGAGUCGCUCCAUUCCAUAUAAUUUAUCUUUUGAGGCAAUUUUAUGCAUUUCGUUGACAGAGUCUGUGGCAGCGGUUGUAAACCAUUUGAAAGCAGAAUCAGCAAUUAUUAUGAUAAGCUGAGUGAUCCAGGCAUUUUGGUUGGUUCCUAAUUAUGAUAUA